AUGAGCCUUGACAAAAUAAAUAUAGAGAAAUUAUCUCAAGAUGAACUAUUUGAGAUUUUUGAAAGUAUUCCAAGUGAUGAUUCAAUCUGUUAUGAUUUAUUAGAUAAAGAUGAAAAUGAGUACACAGUUGAAGCCAUCUGUGAGAACACUCCUAUGAGGUGCAAUAUGUAUGAUCCAGAUAAUGUACCUUUGGCUGACAGAAUUGAAAAUGUGGAAGGCAUAUGGGAAGAGCAUGGUUUGAUGACAGAUCCAUUACCAUUCCAAGGAAAAGGUGGGCCUAAUUUACCACCAGGGCUUGGAGAUCCACUCAGUUAUUUUUAUUUAAUUUUUCCUGAAAGCUUUAUUGAUUAUCUGGUUUUUCAAACCAAUUUUUAUGCACACCAAAAACAAAAACCAUUUGAGCCUGCUACUUCUCAGUCAAUGAAGACAUUUUUGGCAAUCAAUUUGCUUAUGGGUAUUAAAAAACUUCCUUCGUAUAAAGAUUAUUGGUCAUCAAUCCCUCAACUCAGGGAUGAAUACAUUUCAUAUUUCAUACCUUUAAAUAGAUUCUCUUGGUUUUUAUCUCAUAUGCAUUUAUCUGAUAAUAAUUUUCGACCAAAUAGAAAUGAUAUAAAUUAUGAUAAACUUUAUCGUUUCAAAGGCAGAAAUUCAAUUAAACAAUACAUGCCAAUGAAACCGAUAAAACGUGGUUACAAAGUGUGGAUUCGUGCUGAUGAAUCUGGUUAUAUAUGUGAGUUUCAAAUUUACACGGGAAAAACAGAUUCAGUAGAAACAACUUUAGGAAAACGAGUUGUCCAAGAUUUGACUAUGAAUAUAGAAGGAAAAUAUCAUAAUGUUUAUUUUGACAAUUUUUUUACAUCACUUGAACUAAUGGAAGAAUUGUUACAAGAUGGAAUAUAUGCUUGUGGCACUGUUCGAGCUAACAGAAAAGGACUACCAAAAAUACAAAUUCAAGAUAAAAAAUUAAAGAAAGGUGAUAGUGAAGGACGUGUUUCUACAACAGGAGUGUCAUGGUUGAAGUGGCGAGACAACCGUUGUAUUCAACUGUUGUCAAACUUUCACAAUCCUGAUGAUAUUUCAUCGUGUACAAGAAAAAAUAAAGAUGGAUCAACUAUAAGUAUUUCAUGCCCACUAGCAGUUACAAAUUAUAAUACUCAUAUGGGUUAUGUUGAUUAUGCUGACAUGUUAAAAUCCUAUUAUGAAAUUGACAGGAAGAGUCAAAAAUGGUGGCACCGCAUCUUUUUUCAUUUUUUGGAUGUAUCGGUAGUAAAUGCAUUUAUUCUGUUUAGAGAAAGCAGUCAGGGUUCUACAUUGAAUAUAAAACAAUUUAGACUUGCAGUAGUAGCUGGAUUAGUUGGGCUACCAAGUACAUCACCCAAAGGGAGAAAACAACUUCAUAAAAAAAUUAACUUGUUUAAACCAAAAAUUCCCAUAGAACAACGGUUUUCAAAUGUAGGUCAUCUCCCACAAUCUUGUUCUUCAAGAAGAUGCAACAAUUGCAGUACUAAAGAUAAGCCCCACAGAACCAAAUGGGAAU